GGUUGAUGUGGUUUAGUCGAUCGCCAACAACAGAACCGAUAAUUUAUAACAUUUGACUGAUCAAAAAUUGAAUAAAAUUUUCUUUCAAUUUCUCUCCGUUUUUUCUGUGAAUUUAUUUUCGUCAUUGAACCGUGAUUAAUCAAAGUGAAAUUGGUUUUGAAUUGGAAAAGCGUGAUAAUCAAAAUAUAAAUACGGUCGAAGUGAUAUGCAAUGAUAUCACAGCCACAAAUUGAUCAUUUUUUCGCAAGCAUAAAUCAAACAUUGUGAAGUGUUUUGAAGACAAACUGAACCAGUAACUAGUGAUACAAAAUAUUAUGCCGAUAACAAACGUGAAUUCGGGUGCAGAUAAAGGCACUGGUCGAACCACUUUUCGUCCACCAUGGGUUAAGGGUGGCGAAGCACCACAGCCAGUGCCGAUGCCAACGACACCAUGGUCGAAACGAAAUUCUAUAACGCCGGAUCCAUCGAAAGAAAAUGGUCAGUCAUCACAGAAAGAUGUUAAACUACAGUCCCGUGAAGUUAAAGUUCCGGUCACGACAACAACAAAAAGAACUCCAGCCACACCGUUAAAGAAGAAGGAAGUUGAGGAGGAGAAAAAGCCGAGUGGAAGUGCUGCUGCUGAAAAUCCAGGAAAAUUUGCGAGACCAGUUUUGAAGAAGGUGGCCAAAGUGGAAGAAGCAUCAAAACCACCGAGUAAAACUACAACAGCAGACAAAAAAUCGGUACCAGUAGGUAAGUCGAAGACACCGGUCGUAGAGGAAUCAUCCGAAGAGGAAGAAGAAAGUAGUUAUGAAGAAGUGACAGAAACGGAGACCGAAACAGAAAGCGAUAGCGAUGAACCGCCGCCACCACCACCAAACAAAAACAAAAAGGAAACAAAAUCAGCUCCAGAAAAGACUGUGUCUGAGAAGGUCGUACCUUCCAAGCAAGUAACCCUGAAACCAAUUCCCGAGAAGACUGUUCAACCGAAACCAGCAUCGGAGUCGAAGAUACAAAAGCCUGAAUUAAAGCCAAUACCACCAAAACCGGAGCCAGUUCCCGAACAAAAGCAAAUUCCGACUAAAUCAUCACUAAAGCCGAUUCCUCCGAAGCCUGAACCGGAUACAACGAAGGCAGCACCACCACCACCUCCUCCACCUCCUUCUGGAAUGGGUAUACCGCCUCCACCACCUCCACCUCCAGGACUAUCAGCUCCGCCUGAGUUUGAACGGAAACCGAUGACAGAGAAACACAAACAGAUGUUAGAAAAACUAAAAACGCGUCCUCGUAGACGUCCAGAUUGGUCAGACAUGAUGAAGGAAGUAGAGUCCGGUCGCAAAUUAAAACAUGUUCAGUGUAAUGAUCGUUCAUCUCCAAUAAUAUCUUGCAAAUCGGUGACAAAUAUUCAAGGACAGUACAUAUUCGAAACUGAAAAGGCAAACGUACACAACGUGCUACUGAAACAAAUUCAAGGCGGUGUGCGCCUGAAGCCUACGAAAACAAAUGAUAGAAGUAGACCGAUUUUGGAAGGUCUGAGAAAGUUCAGACGACAAAUGACCAUUGAAGAACAAAUUCAAAAAUCCGAAUCAAGAGCUCAACUAAAUGUGGAAGUGCCUGUGGAAGAAUCAGAAGAUGAGAUGGACGAUAUUGAUAAAUUACGCGAUGAUUUACAGUCAACGAAACAGAUGCUAGCACUUGAGCUCCGAAACAAAGAAGCACAAGAACGUGAAAACAAACGACUAGCAGCUAGAGUACAAAUAUUAGAAGCAGAACUGGAGCGUGAGAAAUGGCAACCAAUUCCAUCAAAAACAGAAAAUAAAGAAACACCACCGGCCAGUGAGGCAUUACUACAGUCAUUAAAGAAGGAAGCAGAAGAGGCUCAGAAAACAUCCAAAUUACUGGAGAGGAAAUACCAAGAAGCUGCUGAUCAAUUGGACGCUGUUAAGAAUGAAAAUGAGAGACAGAAAAUUACUAUAGCUAACUUGGAACGCAGACUAGCACAACAGGCUUCAGACAAUGAGGAUGGCAGUGAUGACGUCGUCAUUAAUUUGCAUAAUAAUCCGUCAAACAUAUGGGGGAAUCAAAACGAAUACGUCUACAGUUAUUGUUGGAGUAACAAGGGUGGUAGCAUGAUCGAUAACCGUCGGCAAAGUGAAGCCGGCCAAAAGGAUAGCUCUCCAGAACCCGAGUUGGAGCUAUCUGAAGAAGAAGAAGACGAGGAUGAAGAAAAGAAAGCAGAGAGAAUUGCUAGACGUCUCCAGAGGGAGGUGAAAAUGCUGUGCACCAAACUGAUUCGACUAAAGGACAAAGAGCGUGCAGCAAAGCGCGAACGAGAAAAUCUACGUGAUGCUAUCAAGAAGAAUGAAGGUUUAUUGAAGAUCGAACAUAAAAAAUUCAAAAAGCUUCAACGCGAAGUCGAUAAAAUGGCAGCAAUGAUGAAAGACGAUGACGAAGGGAACGGUAGUGACGAUGAUACCAAGCCACCGGCCGAAGAUGUGGAAGACGAAGAGGACGAGGAGUCCGAGGAAGAGGACGAAGAGGACAGUGAUUCGGAAGACGAAUCGGAAGGCGGAACCGAUAAUGAGAGCGAAUCCGAAGCAGAGGAUGCCACGGACGAGAAAAAGAAGAUCAAUUACGAACCUAGAAUUAAGCGCCACGAUGGACGCGUUUCGGCACUUAAGAAAGGAAACUAUUUACUGCAAGCUAAUGUGGAUCGUUUACAGGAUGAAAUAAAUAAAAUGCGAGAGAAGUCGGUGACGUUACAACGUGAUCUGGAUUCAGUGCUAUCAGAAUUGGGCUAAAAGGCCGUAAAGAAUACAGAAAUUACUUUUCUAUUUUAAAUAGUGGAUAACUGAGUCUUUGCUUGUUCUGUGUUCGCGUAUUAUGCGUAUGUCUAUCAUAUUGAUUCAUCGUCCAUCAAUGGAUUAUAAACCAAAGUGUUUAUGUUAUUAUACCGAAAUGGCGAAAUUUUUCUUUGGAGGUUAUGCAGGAUGUUCCUCUCGUAUUAUACGCUUUUUUGAAUUCGGAUCAAAAGCUUCUGUUUAUAAAAAAAAUUGCAAUUUACAUUUUCUUUAAAUAAUAUUUUGUGAUCGCAGCCUUAUCGAAUAAGAAAAUUUAAUAAAAUUUGGAAAAAUGCAUCAAA